GAGCUCGGAGCAGCACGCGGCUCGAGCUCGAGCUGCUCUCUGCUCUUUGCAGACUCUUUGCUGUGUGUGUGUCAUAGGUUACGACGUUUGAGUGUAAACAACGAUGGCUGCCCUGCGCAGGCUUAUCCCUUUAUUCACUAACAGCUUUAAAACGGGGACUCUUACGACGCGGAAACAACAAACGUCCUCGAAGGCGACAAAAGCGCUGAAAGUUGUCGCCGCUGGAGCAUGCGUCACAGCCGCGGCCGGUGCUGCUUAUUACUGCUGUUCGUUUGUCGGUAGGCGCUCCGGGUUGAAGAGCCAUGUCGAGGCUCGACUCUUUCAUCUGGCGUUACCAUCAGUUUCAGCCACCGAUAAGGCCCGGAGCUAUGGUCUGGAUGAUGGAGAUGUGUACAUGUCGUCCUAUGAAAACAGAUUUCGCCUGUUCAGUUCGGUGGAGUACGAGGGCCAGCUCUACAUGACGCCACUCAACUUCAUCGAGUCCGUCACUUUGAAUGAACCUAAGAGGAGGAGAGCAUGGAAGUCCCUCACAAAACAGGACUUAGACAAGAUGCUGGCUGAUACUCCGCCUGUUUGGAAAGGAUCAUCUAAUUUGUUUAGAAAUCUUCAUGAACGAGGUAUCCUCAGUUACACAGAGUACCUCUUCCUGCUCUGCAUUUUAACAAAGCCCCAUGCAGGCUUCAGGAUUGCUUUCAACAUGUUCGAUGCAGAUGGCAAUGAAAUGGUGGACAAAAGGGAGUUCUUGGUGCUGGAAGAAAUUUUCCGUACGAAAAAGCACAGAAAGGAAGUUGCUGAAGACGUGGAAAGAUUUGACCAGAAGAGCCUGCAGCUGUACGGUCAACCCAAAUCCCAGCCGCACAGUGUUUUUAAAAAAGACAGUCAGCAUGCGGAGGCCCGGGGCAUGUGGGAUGUUCUCAGACGUGGCACAAGUCAAGUUCUGUUUUCUGAUCUCACUGAGCAUGUGGAUGAAAGAAAAGAGACGACGCUGCUGGUGCAUUUCUUUGGGAAAAAAGGCAAAGCCGAGUUGAAAUUUGAAGACUUUUACGAGUUCAUGGACAACCUGCAGACAGAGGUGCUUGAGAUAGAGUUCCUCUCCUACUCCAAAGGCCUGCCCACCAUCAGCGAGGAAGAUUUUGCUCGGAUCCUCCUUCGCUUUACCAAAGUGGACGACGUCAGCGAGUAUUUGGAGAACGUGCGCCACAGCCUGCCGGACGAAAAGGGAAUCACCUUUGAGGAGUUCAGGUCCUUCUUCCAGUUCCUAAACAACCUGGAGGAUUUUGCCAUCGCCAUGCAAAUGUACAACUUUGCCAACCGUUCCAUUGGUCAAGAGGAGUUUACCCGCGGCGUCUACGUUGCUACGGGCAUCAAGCUGACCCGCCACUUGGUCAACACGGUCUUUAAGAUUUUCGACGAGGAUCGCGACGAUAAACUCAGCCACAAGGAGUUCAUUGGCGUCAUGAAGGACCGGCUGCACCGCGGUGGCGGGGGCAUCAGAGUGGAGGAGAAGUUUACCUCUUUUAAGUCCUGCAUGAAGAAGGAGCUUUCAGGCAAAUAGGUGAAAAUCCCAUCAUCAGUGCAUGUCUUAACUGGACGAGCUGUGCGUCCUCUGUGCUCCCUAUCAGGACAGAAGGGUGAACGCUUGUUGCAGCAUUUUAUUGCACUAUGUUAGAAUUUCUUUUUUAAAUAAACAGGAUGUGGCACAAACAGGAUGUGGCCAGCCUAAUUGGAAGCUGUUGCAAACAAACAAGAAUGACCCAUUAUGAACCUAAAUCCAUUUAACACAAUGUUGCUGGACUCUAAAUUGGAGGAAACAGUUUGUUUAACUGUUUUUGCCUGAUAUUUAACUAUUUAUUGAUUAAUCUACUUGUAAAUAUAUUUAUUAGUUUAAGAUUGAAGAAAACUGAUUUUAUUUAUUUAUCUAAAAGUCUAACAUUGUCUUAUUGCUGCUCUGCCAGUGUGUGCGGUUCAGUUUGAUUCUGCUUGUGUUCCCGAGCUUGAUUCUGUACGGCGGCAGCAUUGCUCACAUACUUUGUUCUUCUGUUGGUCCUGCAGCCCCCUGCACAGAUCAGCUUAGGACAGCAGCUCCCCUGCUCCUUCCUCCUCCUCUCUCCCAAAGCACUGCAGCUAAAAUCCGCCAGGAUCCCCCAGAGCCAGCAGGCCUGAACAAACACACUCAGUCUGGGGCUUUUUCACUGUUUAACUACAGGCAGCUAACAGUGUUAAUCAUUUCUUAGCUAGUACAAGACAAGUGCUAUGUCCAUGCCAUUGGCAGGAAUGACCUCUUUAUGAACAAAAAUGUAAAAUAGUAAAGCCAUAUGUUUGUUCCACUCCUGGGACAAUCCGCUUAAAUUAGCUUUAGCAAUAUAUUAAAAUGACCUUCCCUUUAUGCUCUGUGAGAGUUUACACUCUUCUUAUAGAAAUCCUCACUUGUACUACUGAACAUGUUACUGUGGAAUUCUUGAUGACUGGUGUUUCCUGGUGUAAUGUUUGCUUUGGGUGGAGUUAUGUCCUGAAAAAAAGAUAAAAUGUUACAUGCUUUAAUAUUAAGCAAACUUAUUUCAUUUAGGAUGUUUGGAUUAGUUAGUCUACCUCUUGAAUAGUUUUGGAAAUGAAAUGUCAUUCUUUUAAAUCAGGUCCUGACUGUUACACUGACGCAUUUAUAAUGACAUGGUACAAUAAAUAUCAUAUAAAAUA